CAUGCAUGUCUGUUUGUCGCUGCUCAUGUUUGAUUGAAAUUUGCGCUGAAUCACCAACACAUUCGGACUUCAGACAGCGCGUGAAACAAGGCUGAAUUACUCCUAACACUAGUCUGCUAAUAACAGUUCAAAUGGAAAUAUUAUAUAGAAGCCUGAAUGCGUUUCGAGAUCUGGGUUGUGCAACCCCAGUGAGCUUGCAAACAUUAACUUGAUUACAAGGAUCAUGUCCAUGUAAAAGCGCCUUCUCGUCUUCCAUGACCGUCGUGACGUCGUUUAAUUUUCCGAGCGGCUUUAAGUCACUAACAAUGUCACUUUUGGAGUCUGAAGAAAGUACCCCUCUUCUCAGAGACGAUAAUGCAAGGGAUAAUGAUGCAGACAGAAGCCGGUGGAGGUCCAUCAGGGUCAUGUACUUUACCAUGUUCCUUAGCAGCGUUGGUUUUACGAUUGUCAUCACUUCCAUAUGGCCCUAUCUGAAGAAUAUAGAUGACACUGCAGACACCAGUUUCCUGGGAUGGGUGGUUGCAGCAUAUAGUUUGGGUCAGAUGGUGGCUUCACCCCUCUUUGGGUUGUGGUCCAAUCACAGGCCUCGGCAGGAGCCUCUAGUCUGCUCUAUAUUCAUCAAUAUCUCGGCUAACAUUUAUUACACCUAUGUCUACCUCCCUUCCUCGCACAACAAAAUUCACAUGCUUUUGGCUCGUACUUUGGUGGGCUUUGGAGCAGGUAAUGUAGCAGUCGUGAGAUCGUAUGUGGCAGGUGCCACUUCCUUGAAGGAGAGAACCAGUGCAAUGGCUAACAUGAGUGCUUGCCAAGCUCUCGGCUUUAUACUUGGCCCAGCCCUACAGGCUGCUUUGUCAUUCAUCGGAGAGACUGGUAUCAGUGUGAAUGCUAUCAAGCUUCAGAUUAAUAUGUACACUGCUCCAGCACUGCUGGCUGUCUGCUUUGGGGUCAUUAACAUUCUGCUUGUUGUCCUAGUCCUGAGGGAACACGACGUGGAUGACCAUGGGAGGGAAAUCCGUGUAAUUAACUACACGUCAGAAGAGCAAGUGCCUGUGGUUCCUGAGGUAGAAGGUGAUAUUGAUCAGAUCGCAGUGCUCACAUCUAACAUCCUUUUCUUCAUUAUUCUCUUUAUUUUUGCAGUCUUUGAAACUAUAUCUACCCCACUGUCAAUGGACAUGUUUGCAUGGACAAGAACAAAUGCCGUUUUGUAUAAUGGCAUCAUAUUGGCUGCCAUUGGCUUUGAGUCCGUCCUUGUCUUCCUGGUGGUCAAGGUAGUUUCAGCAUGGGUAGGUGAUCGACCACUCCUCCUUGGUGGUUUGAUUGUCAUAUUUGCUGGUUUCUUUAUGUUGUUACCAUGGGGAAGUCAAUAUCCUAAAAUACAAUGGGCAGAUCUUCAAAAUAACACUAUGCCAGCAGUAAGAUUGGCCCCCAACCCAGCCUCUAAUUCCUCAUUGGAGCCCACUGGAUGUCCUUCUGAACAAACCUGGUGCCUGUUUACCCCUGUGAUUUAUCUUGCACAGUACAUCACCUCUGACAUCCUAAUAGGAGUGGGUUAUCCGACAUGCAACGUCAUGUCCUACACUUUAUACUCAAAGAUUCUGGGCCCCAAACCUCAGGGAGUUUACAUGGGCUGGCUGACAGCAUCUGGAAGUGGUGCACGGACACUUGGGCCUGUGUUUGUCUCUUAUGUCUACACCAUUCUGGGACCCCGAUGGGCCUUCAGUAUCAUCUGUAUCAUAGUACUUGCUGCAAUCAUUCUCCUCAUUGCUAUGUAUAAAAGACUAAUUGCCUUCUCUGUACGCUAUGGAAGGUUGGAGGAAUGUCAAAAUAACUGAGAGGUGCUUCUAAUUACUACUAAAGGACCAUUCAGAGAAGUGGGCCUAUUGCCAUGAGGUUGAGUGACUUAAAACUUUAAUGUUAGUGCAAGAUUACGAGCCACUAAUAUGCUUAUGAAUACUCCUUUCAUAGGCUAUUGUAUAAAAUGUAGAAUUUUUACAGCAUCAUUGUGAUUCUAAAGGGGUUUACAGAGCUUUCCAAUGUAAAUAUCUUAACUUUAUAUACUCUAUAUAUGCUACAAUUUCCAGUGUUACUGGAAUUAAAUUACUACUGGAGUAGCAUGGUCUACUCUAGAUCUUCUGUUACCACUUUUAAGAUAGUGUCCGGGUUUGUAUUUCCCUCUCACACAUUGUACGACACAUGCAGUUGUUUAAUUGAAUGUUUUAUGGAGUAUGAAGUAUUUUGGUUUUAAUAAUUUUUAAUAACUUGAUUUUUUUUCUGCCAUUGUAAAAUGUUAACCGAUAUGUCAGCUGAUUUCUUUAAAUGACUGUACACUGAAACAAAUGUUAGCUGGAAUAGUUUUUAAUAACACUAGGCAUUGUAUAUAGCUCUACAUUUUGGAAGGAAAAAGGUACAAGUAUACCCGGUAAUGAAGAAAGACAUCUUCACUGAUUAGAAGCAACUUCAAGACUAUUUAUAAUUCAAGCCAACUGAAUAAGUAAGAAAUAGUUUGUUUUUGUGGUUAAAUAAGCACAAUAUGAAUAUUUCUAGAAACUGACAAAAAUGUUGCUUUUAAAAGCCGAAAACUCUCAAUCCUUUAAGGCAUUACUUUCUUUUGAAAAAAAUAAAAGAUUAAAUGUUCAUUUAUAGAAAUCUAUCUUUUUCCAUUAAAGACAAAAUGUGACAUUUACAUUUUUGUAUAGACCAUAGUAAUUAUAUUCAAAGGUUUUAUCUGCAGGUUGCAACUGUUUAAGCUGAGUAUGCUGGAACAAAGCUUCUUUGAACAGUUACACAGACGCUGUUGAUUUGGUUGUUCACACAUGUUAGUUAGGAUGUGGGAUGAGCUUGCAAUUUGGUAGUUUGCCUAACCAGAGCAGAGACGAUAUACAUGAAACAAAAUGUUAGUUUAACACUUAAGCUCUCAUUUCACACUUUGUGAUCUCACUGUGUGAUAUUUGAUGCAAUUUUUGGUGAGCUGCAAA